AUGGAGUCAUUCAGUUUAAAAUUUAAUGAUGGACUGAAUCCAUCAUCUUUCAAGCCUAUUGGAUUUUCUGGAGAUGAUAUAAUUAAACUGAACAAGAAAGAAGAGAGAAAGCAAUAUUCUCCCAAAAUGAAAAGAGGGCUUCAGCAGAAUCAAACUCGACAGUUCAGGACACCAGGCUCUAAGUGGGGAAUCCAACAGCAGAAAGGUUAUGGUAUAAGCCGUUUGGGACGCAGAAAGAAGAUAGCAGGGAAGAAGCGCUCUUACGGAGUUGUAACUGGCUUGGCAGCCAAGAAAGCGAUGGGUUCACGCAAAGGAAUUAGUCCUCUGAACAGACAGCCACUUAGCGAGAAGAAUGCGCAGCGGUAUUAUCCAGUUUUGAAAAAGAAAACAAACCUACAGAGACAAUCUGAAAUGCAGAGAAAACAAGCUCCAGCCCUGAGGAGGCAUGCUCUGCUAAACAGAAGGAAUAAUGCGUUGUCAGCUUUUGCCAGAAUUGGAAACAAACUAAAUCAGCAGAAAGAUACUCGUCAAGCAACCUUCCUGUUUAGAAGGGGCCUGAAGGUGCAAGCCCAAGUGCAGUCAACAGAUGAUCUUGAUAAUCAGACAGUAAAGAGAACUCGUCAAUGGCGAACUUCUACCACUACUGGAGGGAUUCUAACUGUGUCUAUUGACAACCCAGGAGCCAUCAUAACCCCAAUUUCCCCAAAAUUGCGAUUAACUCGUACUCCUGUGCCACCAUUUCUGAUGAAGAGGGACCAAUCUGAAGAGAAGAAGAUUCCCAAAGGGGUUCCAUUGCAGUUUGAUAUUAAUAGUGUUGGAAAACAGACAGGGAUGACGUUGAAUGAACGUUUUGGGAUCCUUAAGGAACAAAGAACAGCACUGUCUCAGAACAAAGGGAGCCGUUUUGUAACAGUGGGCUAAUCUGACAGAUGGACUUGAGCACUGA